UCAAGACCAGGGGGUGCUGGUCACAUCCCGGCCGGCGGCAGUGCAGACCACUUCGCUACUGCCGCAUUCUGAUGACUCGGGCAUCUCGGCCUUCUCGCACAGCAACAGCAACCUCUAGUCCAUGCACCAACAGCAGCAGCCGCCCCUUAAGCUGACCGUGGUCACCCGCCAGGAGCACCGACCUGCCUCAGAAGCGUCAGUUUGCUUUCGGUCUCGCCAUUGGGCAACAUCAGCGGCUCAGGUAGCAAUCAGAAUGGAAGUCAGCAGCAACAACAACACCAACCGCAACACCCUCAAGCUGAACACACGCACGGCGUUGGCCUUUCUAGAGAACGGCAGCUCGCCAACGGGCAUUUCCACGGUCAACUUGUCACCGGCAACCACCGAGCGGGACUCAGAGGGCAGGCCGUUGCGUCGAGGCUACGUGCCCGUCGAGCAGAAGAUCCAGCAAGAGGUGCAGGACCUCAAAUCGCGCGGGGCGGAGCUGAAGCGCCUGCGCAAGAUUAACAGGCAGAACACACUAAAGGCCUCGCUGGACAAGCUCCAGCUCAGCACAGUCGACGAGGCCAAUGCGGACGACGUUGAGGUGGAGCACUGCUAUGGACACGGAAAACUGCGCAAUGCCCAGUCCACCCAGGAGUUGGAUAUAAAUGGCAACGAACCAGAGAUCGUACACAAGACCGCUGGCAAUCGCAGCCUGAAUGCAGCCGCCUACAUAGCCAAUGGAGCCAGCAAUGGCAGCAUUAAUGGGAUGCGUCCGGCCAUGUCGCUGGCCCAGCUCUGUGAUAUGACACCCAAGGAGGCGCCCUCAUCGCGAGACUUCAUUGCCCAGUGGGAAAGCUUGAUCAAGAAGAUCAUUGAUGAGCUAUCCAACACACUCGCUGGCCUCUAGCGUGAACAGCGCCAAGGGGAAUAGCCUCGAUGACCCGUAUUCUGAUGACUCGGUCAUCUCAGCCUCCUCGCACAGCAACAACAACCUCCAGUCCAGGAGCACCGACCUGCCCCAACAGCGUCAGUUUGCCUUCGGUGGUGCCUCUACCAAGGGCGCCUCGCCAUUGGGCAACAGC